GUGAGUACCACUCACUUCAUUGACUCGUGCGUACGCCCGCACGUCUGUCAGUCCAUCCUCACUCACUCGAUCCUCGCCUGGUCUCUUAGCCGCUCUACAGAGGCCAGUUCUCUCCUCCUUCGAGAGUUGCACGCUUAUCUCAUCCACGUCCUCGUCCUCGUCGUGGUAUACGACUUCAGGUAAAGUCGAGGUCGAUCAGUAGUCCAGUCAAUAACGUGCUUCCCUACGUUUGCUCGGUUUCGAUCGAUCCACAUCGAAUCGUAGUAUCGUGGAAAUCGUUGGAAAGUCUACUUUCGUGGGUGGAUGUCGACUAGCAGAAAGAACAGGAUGAGCCUGGCCAGCCUGGGAGCAAUCCUCGCCUUCCUGCUGCUUUUCAUGCUUCACACCUCAUGGGCCAGGGCCAAACCUCAGCAAAUCAAACCUGGUUGCAGGUACGAGGGUCGCAGAUACGAAGAGGGCACGUCGGUGGUCACGUCCGAGCCCUGCUUGCAGUGCAGGUGCAGUGACGGUGCGCUGAGAUGUCGUCUUCGAGUUUGUCCACGACUGCCAAACCCACCACCCACCGGAUGUCGCGUUCGUUCGCCAGGAGAGAACGUCUGUUGCCCAGAAUUAAUUUGCAGCGAGACACGUGACGCCAUGAACAUGCUACGAAGGUCUAACGUUCACGUGGAGGCAGAAGAGAAGGUUGAGGAACCUCAGAACUCUCGUUUUCAAGGUUGCCUGCAUGAGGGCGUGAGAUACGGGCCUGGCUCGGCGAUGAUGGGCUCACGUAGAUGCGAAUACUGCUACUGCAUCUCUGGAGCGAGAAAAUGCAUCAGACCAAAGUGCCUGCUGCCCCUGCCAGGAUGCACUCCACUGUAUGCCCCGCACUCCUGCUGCCCGGUUGCCUACAAUUGCACCCAUCUCCAUUCGUCGACGCUGGCGCCGAUCACGGGAAACGGGUGUCGCGUGGGUUCGAGAGUGUACGAGGAGGGUGAGAUGGUUCGGGACAUCGAAUGGAAGGCCGCCUGUGAUAACUGUUUCUGCGCGAUGGGCGCGGUACGUUGCGUGCCUCUUGCUUGUGCACCUCCUCUUCAAGGCUGCAGCCCGAUCGUACGCGAGGGACACUGCUGUCCAUCCACCUAUAACUGCAGCGGUAGCAUCGAGGUUAAGGCCACCCAGAACUACGCCUCGUACGCGUUCAUCAGCAAGGACUACGCCAAGUUUCGCAAGGAGACCAAUUUCUUUCCGGCAGUUGAUCAGACAAACCUAACCCACGCGAAUGCUCUGGUCGAGGGACGCGGUCAUCGAGUAGUCGAGGAACGAAUCGAUUCUAGUACGAGGCAGGUCGUGGAGGAAUCUUCGGUCUCCACCGAUUCUACAUCCUGGCCAUCCACCUUCGAGACCGACAUCAUGGACAACGAGAUCCUCGAGACGGUGGACUACGUGAAAUCUAGCCCGGCAAUCGUCACUACCACUCCCGUCAUCGUCGAAGAGUCAACGACGAGCGUGGACUCGACCACGCUGGAAUCAACUUUGUCGAUCAAGGAUGACGAUUUCUCGAAUGACUCGUCGACGAUUUUCUCGACGAACAGCGUUGGCGAGUCGACGACGAUCAACGUGAUCGAGGAUCUGUCGUCGCAGGACGAUACGACGACCACUACGACUAGGACGACCACCACGACUACGACGACGGCGACUAAGGAAUCAACGACCCUGUUACCGGAAGCGAGCGGGAUCGAUACAGUGACGGAGUUACACGAGUCAGAGGAGGAGAAGAUGCACAACGUGACCGUGAGGAACAAGAAUACGACCCCGUCGACGAGCGGAAAGCUCGAGCAGGAUUUCGAGCACGCCAACUCGACGGUGGAACCAGUGCAGACCACGGAGUCGAUGGGCAAAGGGUCCGUCACCAGAACGUCAUCCACCGUACUAAUGCCGGACGACAUUCUGGUGAUGAACGUGACUGUGAAAACGAACGUCUCGGUAGGUCACAUACAUGGUGUGACCAUCAACCCGAUUAGAUCGAUCCCGCCGGAUGUCGAGGCUAUCCUGAACAUCACUCACCGUGAGAAAGGCGAGGAUUAUGAUUACGAUUAUAGCGAGCCAACGUUGCCGCCGUCGUUACCCAAUGUUAGGAUAAUUCCGUUUGUGGCGGCGGACGCGUUGGUGAAAGACAAGACAGUCCCGUCCCCGGUUACCGGAUAUCCUUCCGGUUCGGUGGUAGUGCCUCCGGAGCUACGGCCCACCGACACCUCCGGAUUUUACGAUAUCGCCACUCAGGAAAACAGAUUCAGCCCGCCAGUGGAGACCGAAGGCGGAUUCGUGCCAAGGGAGCCGCCCUAUUUCGACGCCCCUUACCAUUCCACCGAUCUGAAUCUGGAAAUCGGAACAGGCGUCACCGUGGUUCCGGCGCCAAUCACCAAUCCUCAUCGUAAAAGCGAUGCCAGCAACUGUCUCUUCGAGAAUAUGGAGUACCGUCACGGGGAGAUUGUGCCGAGCAGCAGUAUCUGCGUGAUUUGCAUGUGCUACUACGGCGAGGUAGUGUGCUCCACGGAAAAAUGUCCACCUCUGAAGAUCGGAUGUAGAAGGAUCAACACCGAAGAGACGUGUUGCGGAAAAAUCGUCUGUGUAGAAGCAGAAGAAUCACCAACGGUUGUGUUAGACCGCGCGGACGCCACUGCACCAUCGCUACAUCAGCCGAUAAUAUUUCCAGACCCAUUCCGCGACGUGAUAAAGACAGAACCAGCUCCUGAUCUGCCUUCCCUGAUCGAGGACAUGAUUCCUUACCUGGUAGAACAUGGAAUCACCACUUCAAGGCCAUCGACUACCAGCACUCUAAAGCCUCUGCAAGCAAACUUUGAUUUCGUGGAUAAAUUAUCUCUCCUACGUCCACCGUACAGACCAGAAGAAGAUCCAACCAGACUAAUCACCAAGAAUAAAUAUAAUCUGAGUCAAGAUGGACAUAUAAAAGAAGCAAUCGCUUCAAAUUACAACACCAAAGAAACUGAACAAACUUUGGAUCGUGUUUCCGAAACGAUUCCCAAAAAGGUUGCUUCCUCAACCAUGGAUCAUACUACCAAGAAACAAGAAGAACAUGCUAUUUCUUCUUUUAAUACAACGAACUCUGAUCUCGUGAAAUUAAAUACUUCGCAAAUCAACGACGCUAAUAUCUCGUCUGAGUCGAAGCUCGGAGAUUCUUUGACAAAAGUUAAUAAUUCUAAAUUUCACUCGACUACGAUCAAACCAUCUUCCGGAGCUAAUACAGAGCUGGAUGAACCUAUAUUUUCUCUGGAUACUGUUCUGGAUCUGUUAUUCUCUUCAGAUACAAGUAACAAUGAGAAUAAUAAAGAUACAAAGACGACAGAGACAUCGACUACUAGCAGAUCGACUGCAAACGUUAGUGACCAAUCAGAGGAUGACAAAUUGUCUUCCAAAGUGAGCGAGAAGAUGGAGGAUCGUGUGACAGAGACUGGAACGCCGUCUAAGGUUCUAGAGAAUGAAAUUCCUAUGUCGGUAGCUAGCUUGCUAAAAUUGGCUGGAUGUAAUAUCUACGGAAGGAUGUAUCGCGUUGGAAGGAUCAUUACCGAGCUCUCUGGACCUUGCCUAGAGUGCAGGUGCACGGAGAUCGGGGUACAGUGCAAGCAGCUCAAGUGUUGAUCGAAGUUGGCCGUGCUCGGGCCAAGCUGUUUUCCUUGCAAUUAGGUUCGUUCGAGUUAAUAGAUUCACUGCUGCCUCGAUACGUUUCCAAGGGAUAGUUUGAGGAAAGGUAUGGAGGAUCUCAGUUCGAGCUACGGAGUAUGUGGCUUGCGAAGAACUGUCGAUUGCUAUAUUGUUGGAGUAAAUUUUCGAGAGUGACGGGUAAAGAGAAGGUGAACGCGAGAAGGUAGGAAGAAUUUGGAAUUGUCUUCCAUUAUCGCAAAGUUAAUGCGUUAAUGUUAAAUUAUAUCGAUUAAAGUAUGUCAGCGUUGAAUGUUUUUAGUAAAAAACGAAAAACAUGUCAGUUGCUCUUAAACUAGUUGUAUUUUUGACUGGAUAGUUUGACUUUUGCGAAGAAGUCUAGAUGAAAAUUUUAUUCUUUAAUUAUGGAGAAUUAUUCUUUAUUUCUCGAGUGAAAGUAUUUACAGUGAGCGGUGAAUGUGUUAAUUCCUCGAAUCGGAAUUAUAGCUCUCUGUUUCGUUCAAUGAUUAGCUUGUUGUAAGGCGAUGCCACGAAGGGAAUUCUGAAUAAUUGACAAAAUUUGAGGCACAUUCCGAGAUUCGAAGUCUCCCUCUCUCUCUCUCUCUCAUUACGUAUCCUUAUAAUAGCAAUCUGUAAUCCACGUUAGAAACCUCGUAACCACGACGUUACAGAGUAAUUUUAACUGCAAUUCCAUGAUGUUGCACGCUUGGAAGUUUCCUUAUAUGCAUGUAGAUGUGUCACACAAUAACAGCUAUUUCACAACCCAUUUAGUCACUGAAUUAAUUUACGCAUCCAAUAAAAUGAUUUUGAUAUUUAAAAUUCUAUAUUUAUCGGUCACUUAUUUGGACUGUCUGAAUAAUUUUGAUUCAGUAAAGAUCAUAAAAAAGAAAUUUAUGUAUAGUUUCAACCUGAGCAUUCUUAAUCCAAAUUCUUUGAUUAAACGCUCUUUGAUCAAAUGUAAAUUGGAACCUAAUCCUAAUUUAAAUCAAAUUACAAUUACAAUUGGCUCUCAAUUAAACUUUACGUCUAUAAAUCUCUGAUCCAGGAACAAUUUUGAUUACAAUUAAACCUAGAUUAGAAACAAAUACUCGAACCUUAAUCUACUAUCUAAACUGUACUUCAACCUAUUCCAACCAACUGCAAUCAAAUUCAUUAAUCACCUCGGGGGCAACAUUCGUCUCCUUUUCCCUAAAAUUCGCUCGCUCUUCAAAUCCCAUCCAAAGUCAAUUUCACCAAGUAAUACACUUUAAUUCACCCCCUAAUUUAACCAACCCUUUGCGAUCACUCGAAAAUCGUAUCUUUCAAUUAUAUUUUCUUCGCCCACUUGGCUGGAUAGGAAUUUUGUCCAAAUGGAAGGAGGUAGGAAACUCUUCGACUCUCGUCCAUUGGCCGGCCUAUGGAACGUUACUCAUCUGGCAAGGAUCCACAGUUUUGCGAAGAUCGAUCAGGAUGUAAUUUUGAGGGAUAGCGGUUCCGUGCUCUGCAAGGAUAAGUGGAUAAAGACGGAAGUUGCCGCCCCAAUCCCCAUUUUCUCCCCGUUAACCGGGAAUUAGCCUGCUACAAGGGUGGUCCGUGUUCCGUUUUGAUUUAUUCGUGCGAUUUCGAUAGACUUUGAAUGAAUCGGUUAAGCGGCAGAGACACAGUUUCUGAAAUGGAACAAAAUCUUGGCGGCUGAAAUUAUCGAGACGUUGGGUUUUAAGAUAAUUUGCUCGUGGAAUUUCAUUUGUCGCUUUGGUUAAAGGAAUAUUCCGAUUUGAAGGCGUAAUUUUUGCACGACAUUUGGAAUAAAAAUUUAUUAGAUAAUUAUAGACCAAAACGCUUGAUGUUUGGUAUUAAGUUUAUUUUGGGUUUCCGAUUUGAUUGACCUUAUUCUUUAUCUUUGUUAUUAUUUUCAUAAUCAUUUUCAAUGGGUUUCACGUUAUUCGCGUGUUUAAAGACGUGCCUCUGAUUUAUACGUGUCUAGGUGAUUUUGUGCCAAGAGGGUAGUAAAUUAUUCCUUGGAUUAUAAUUAUUUUCACAAAGAUCUUCGUCGCCUUUUCAUUUCGAUAUAUUAAGAUUAUGCUUAAUAUUGUGGCAGUGAUUGCGACCAAUAAUAAUCCCAUUAAUAAUAGCCUUUUAUGCAAAUGUGAGAAGGGGAUUGCAGCCUAUUUGACUAUAAUAAGAACUUGUCGUGACUGAAAAAUGCUUAGGAAGCAUUAUUACAGGCACAUUCAAUAUUACGCCGGAGCCCUUUCUUCGACGCUACAAUUUCCAUUAAAAGUUUCAUGUUAGUUCCUCCUCUAUGAAAGAUAACUUAAAGAAUUUUGAUCGAACGUUACGACAAAACUGUUUAAAACGCAUCAAUCUUUUCAAAAAAAUCAUCAAACUUCGACCCUACGAUUUCAACCGAAUCUGUUGAUAGCCUGUUAUAGUAAUUGAUUGCAAACGAUUAAGUAAAAGAAAUUAGGAUAAAAAGAUUAAAAAAAAAAAA